CUAAUUUAUUUAAAGAUUAAAGUUAAUUUAUAUAAAGAUUGAAGAUAAUUUAUUUAAAGAUUGAAGCUAAUUUAUUUAAAUUUUACAGCUGAGUUAAAUACAUAUUAAAGCGUGUAAAUACGAGCCUCGCAACGUGAAGUCCUUAAGAGGCCUCCUCGUAGAGGCUCCGGGCUCAGCGGGUCGACGCUCCGCCUCCAGUGAACAUUACAAGGUAAAUGCACUCUUAAAGCCUCCUUUUCUCCUCCACCAACAGAUAUAAACCGUAAUAACUAUAAACCCUAAUAACUAUAAACUUGUAUCACUAUAAACCGUAAUAACUGUAAACCGGGACGCGUUACCGUGUGAGGCUAAAGCUCGCGCCGCUCUGCACGGAGAGAGAAUUACGGCGAAUCGGCUUUAAAAAACUAAAAUGGCUGAAAAGAAGUUUCAUAGCUCGUGAAACACGGUGACGAGCACGUGGCUCGUACACGAACACGCACGUUUUAACGGCGCGGCUGCAGCCUAAUGCCACGUGCGUGCUUGCGCGUGUGUGAGGAGUCCCUCGUGUCGGUGGUUGAAGGCCGGUCGUCUGGUUGACUAACCCGCAGGUGAACGAGGUCUCGAGAGGGCUCAGGCGGUCUCGAGAGGUCUCAAGAGGGCUCAGGCGGUCUCAAGAGGGCUCAGGCGGUCUCGAGAGGUCUCAAGAGGGCUCAGGCGGUCUCGAGAGGGCUCAGGCGGUCUCGAGAGGGCUCAGGCGGUCUCGAGAGGGCUCGAGAGGGCUCAGGCGGUCUCAAGAGGGCUCGAGAGGUCUCGAGAGGUCUCAGGUGGUCUCAGGAGACCGGAAGUGGAUGGAUUCUUCCGCACCAUGCUCGGUUUACCCGAGAAGCAGCACGACGCUGACUCUGCACCAGCGCUUCUCUCAGGUGCAGGAGGACCAGCUGACCGGGUCCAGGACCUUUGACCCCGUCCCGCUGCAGCAGCCGAAGGGCCGUGGCCCCCCGCAGGUGUUCCUGCUGAUGAAGAGGGAGAGGCCGUCGCGGCUCCACCCGCAGGUGAGUCCCUGGAGGCCGGUGAGAGGGCCCUGUCCACCAGGUGAGUUCACCUCCUGGUCUGUCCCGGUCCAGACCCGCUACCUGUCCCUGGGGGCGGGGCCGCGCUGCAGGAGGAGGAGCGUCUGGACCCGACUGGGCGGACCGCUCAGACCUCCAGGCUUCUGGAGCUUCGUGAACAAGUACCGAACCAGAACCAGCAGAGGACCAGAGAACCUCCACCGUCGACUGGGUCAGCGCCGGAAGAAGAGAAACAUCCGGAAACACAAAGGUCGGACGCACCUGCAGAGGGGCGGGGCCUCUGCCUCCAGGGGGCGGGGCUUCAGCAAGGAGCAGCUGGACGCCCAGCUGGAGGACUACAUGUCCCGGUCCAAGAGCCGCCUGGACGCCCAGCUGGACGAGUACAUGUCCAUGGCGGGACAGGCGCACUGGGCCGAGGGUCUAGUUCUGGACUGGAACGAGGGGGUCUAGUUCUGGACUGAGGGGGUCUAGUUCUGGACUGAGGGGGUCACGGUGUGGACUGUAGAGCUCUAGGUGUGUUUUGUUUCCCUGAAGGCCCCGUGUGACCUUCACUGACCCCGGUGGCUGUGGGACUUCGUUGUGUUUCUGAUGCUUUUGUUCCUAGAAUAUAAAAUGAUGUUUUAAUAAAAGAUGUUUCCUGUUGA